AACUACAAUACCCAUUUACUGUAGAGUAAUUGUUAUUCGGGCGCAGCUAGGGCUGACAGGCAUACUGCAUUCGUUUUAGUGUAUUUUGCAACCAUCCGCUCAUCUUUGGACAUUAAACUCCAGAACCCUACAUAAGAAAUGUCAGCGACAUCAAGUGACACAGAAUCAUCCUGUGGUUGGACCAUUAUUAGUAAUGAGGCUUCAGAUAUUGAGACUUUGGGUGCAGAGGCCACAGUGGAAUAUGUGGCUGACCCCUUAGAGCGCCCUCCAGUGGUGGAACCGGAACACCAGAACAAACCACCCAGCCAGGCAGCUGUUGGCCAGAGUUGUGAAGAGAGGGAUGGUGGUGAUACUUUUGGAGAGCAAACCACUGACACCACCACAGAGGCUGCAGCCAGCACCAUAGGGAAAGAACAUUUGGUUCCGCUGUCCUCUAGUGAUCUCUCAGACAUUAUGACACUUGGAGACUUGAAGGAAGACGAGCACAGAGCCGUGGAAGAUGAGAUAGCCGCCGGUGAGGAAUUCUAUCUGGGCACUUCCUGUAGCAGCCAGUAUGCCUUCACUGCUGCAGAGACGGGUUUGAUGUCCAGUCACUGGAAUCUUCCACAGAGUCUCAUAAACUUAGGUCACCAUCUGAGAAUCCAGCUUGGCAGAAGCAGUUCUCUUCCAGUUUUUCCAGCACAGCAGCCUACAGUAAUAAACUCAAGCAGCAGUGAGGAUGACGGAAGAGGAAGCACAGGUAUUCUGGCACGAAACUCCAGCACCGUAAGGCGGCGAAGGUUAAGGAAGAGUGCAACGUGCGUUGUGGCUGAACAUGAAGAUGACGUUCUGGAGUCUGGUUCAAGUGAGGAGGAGAAGGAAGAGGAGAUGGCAGUUAAAGAACAGAAGCAGCUGGUGGUGCAGCCUGAACAUACAGAUGUUGCUGUGCCAGUGCCAGAGCAAGGUCAACGAAGCAGCAUCCUCAACACAUGUAUUCUGCUUGCCCUUGUCAUAGCCAUCAGCAUGGGCUUUGGCCAUUUCUAUGGAACAAUCCAGAUUCAAGAGAGACAGAAAUCUGUGGAGAAGAUGAGAGUGAAUGAACUUGAUUUGAAGAAUUUCCUUCGACAUUUAAAACAUCCACAAGUCCCAAGUAAGAGAGAUGACCUGGACCCAGAUGACCAAAACAUGAUGGCCCUCCUCCCAGAGCUAGUUGAGACUCAGAUGAAUGACCUGGAAAUGUUACUGAAGCAGAGUGCAGAGGAGAAGAGGAACGCCGAGUCACAGGAGCAGAAGUUAACACUCAAAAAUGAGCUACUGAGGAGCUCCCUGGAACGUGAACAACAGUCUCUGUUCACCUUACAGGAGGAACUGAGAAACAUGCACUCUAAACUCAGAGAACUAGAGGAUCGGGGUGAAGGUGUCGAUUUUUUGCUGUUGGAAAACCAAAGGUUAAAAGAGCAGCUAGAGGAGGAGAGGCAACUUUUGCAAAGCUUCCGUGGCCAGAGCGAGGAAUCCAUGGCUGAAGCAGAGACACUGAGGAAGAAUCUCGAUAAGGAAAGACAGGUUACAGAGGAGCUGAGGAAAGAGUUGAAUCUGUUAAGGGGACACUUGACAGGAUUUGAAGAGGAAGCCAGUUCAGAGGCUGAAGAGUUACAGGCACGUCUGGCAGAGCUGGAGAAGCGGCUCAGCUUCGAGCUGCAGCGCUCUGACCUUUGGGAGAGACUGUAUGUGGAAACUAAAGAAAAGGCCAAAGGAGAGACAGAGUCCAAAAUCAAAAAACCAAAAGCAGGCAUGGCUGUGAAAGUGAAAGAGACAUUUGAUGCUGUGAAGAACUCAACAAAGGAGUUUGUCCAUCAUCACAAAGAACAGAUUAAGAAAGCCAAGGAAGCUGUUAAAGAGAACCUGAGGAAAUUCUCAGAUUCUGUCAAAUCAACGUUCCGCAACUUUAAGGAUUCAGCUUCGACUUUCAUUAACAAGGCCACCGGCUUUUACCAUGGGAAAGGUGAUGAAAAGAACUCCAGAGAGUCAUGGCAGUACGGGUCCCGCAAGCCUCAUCACAAACACCCAUGGAAAACUGAUGAAUCAUUCCAUGUCAAUUACAACACUCGAAAACAGGGAGACAAAGCUGAUGGUGAGCGUAGUCAAAACACCCACAAGGCUCAUGCAAAAAAGUGCUCCAGUGUUUUUGAUUGUGCUUAUGAGGAGUCCAUGAAUCUCUUCAAGAAAGCUAUAAAGCCUGUAAGAGCAGACGAGUUUUCCCAAAUCCUUCGGAGAUACCUCCAUCAAGAGGUCGACCACUUCCAUCAUUGGAAUGAGCUGGAAAUGUUCAUCAAUAACUUCUUCCACAAUGGUGUUUUUAUUCAUGACCAAAUGCUGUUCACAGACUUUGUCAGUAAUGUGGAAGAUUAUUUGUCCGACAUACUUGAGUAUCAUGGAUUAGACGAUGAAGUUAUUGAAAAUCUUGAUGAUUACAUCUACCAGCACUUCUUUGGAAACACGUACUCGAAAAACUACAGUCCAAGAGGCCCCUCUGAAAGACCAGACAGAGACUCUAAACAGGAGUCACGGACACGACAUCACCAGCGUAAGCACCAGAAAGCAAGAUCUCGACAAGAACAGAAGUGGAGCAGAUCAGGAAGGAGUGCAGACAGACACAUGGCCGAUGUCAAAAUAGAGUUAGGUCCUAUGCCGUUUGACCCAAAAUAUUGAAAUAUAGAGCCACCGGCUUAGAGAUUCAAAUAUUGUUUUGUUUGUAUUUGGAUUCAGGCUUUUUGUACAUUUGCACAAUUUUAACUGCUUAAUGCUACUGAAUAUUUUGUGCUUUCUGUGUUUAGUGCAGUAUUUUCACAAAAGAUCUUCAAGCUAACAGCUGCCUAGGCUAGGUGUGAGGUUGAAAUAUGGUGGUGGCCUCAAACACUGUCUGCGUCAGAGUGCAGCAGACCACAGCAUUUUUAUUUUCAGCUUUGGUGAAACAGUUAUCUUACUGGCAAGUGCUGCAACUGACAUCUCAGUGUACUUGUGCUUUCAUUCACAACGCAGUUUGCACGAGGUCCCACCUACGUGCAUGACGCAUGGAAUGAUUGACAGUGAAGACAUUUUGUAUACUGAGAAUCAGUAUUCCCACAUAGCAGUGGAUGGAAUAUGUUUUAAUUCAAGUCUCAAUGCAGUUGCUACACUUCCAGUAUUUUGUGGUACUUUUGAGUUCCUGUGUUGUCCAGUUUGCCUGCUACUUGCACUUAUGUGUGACGGAGGCCAGCAGGAGUUGCUGUGCACAUGGUAGUCAUAACCCAUUUGCGUUCUUUCUAAAGAUCCGCUUGCACCACACUGUUACAGAUAAUACUCCAUAGAUCCUGAAGGUAGCACGCUACACCUAAUUGUACUCCGUGGUUUUGAUGUAAAGAUUUAAUUAUGAGCACCAUCACAAUAUUUUCAUUGAGAUACGUGCCUUCUGUUACAAAAGAAACAUGGCAUCAUCCAACACAGUCAUUGCCACGCUUUGUCUCAGCAUUAGUUUCAUUCUUGUAGAAAAGAAAAAAAAAAAAAAAAAAGCUUCAACAGCUGCUUGUAUCAUUUACGAAGCCUCUAGUGGUGAUUUGAGAAUAUGGCUCCUGAUGAAGAGGAGUGUUUGUAACAUGUACAGACUGACAGGAAAAGGUUUUAUGGAAAAACAAUGUGCAAUGUCUCACAAAAAGUAAAAGAUUACAUUUAAUUUCUUCAUUGUACAGACAGUUGUUUUAAUUUGCUGCUACAAGUUGUGUGUGUGAUCUGGUAGCUGUUUGAUUUCAUUGGAAAAUACUAUUUUGGAACAUUCCACCUAAAAGCUGUUUUAACUGGAAGCUGGAGUUCAAACUUUCAGUGUCACUACCAAAUUUUUGUCAUCACAUAAUACUUCAUCAGGAGUCAAAGUUGUAAUUGUUUCAGUGCCUUUCAUAAAUAAAGAUGCUUCCUCCAACUCUU